AUGGGCAGGGCCGGGUAUGGGAUGCAGAGGAGACGGCGCCCGGGGAAGAGGAGCACUGUGCCCAGGUGGCCUCACUUGUCAUCUCAAAGUGGCUUCAAACCCCCUGAUAGGUAGAUGGGAACCCCCGGCUGGCCCUCCAGAGACCAGGAGGCCCCUGGCUCAGCAAUGCCACCUGCAGCUGCCCAACCCUCCGCCCAUGGCACCCUUGUUCCACCUGCCACCGCUCAUGAACCUGUGGAUCACCCAGCUCUGCACGGGCCUGCCUGCUGCUGCUGGCUCAGUUUACCUGGGCAGUGGCCCCUGGCUAUCCGGCUGGGGUGGGACUUGGACUUAGAAGCAGGCCCCUCCUCUGGGAAGCUGUGUCCUCGGGCCAGGAGGUGGCAGCCUCUGCCUUCCUGA